AUGGGCCACUGUGUCAGCCUAAAGUAAUGGGGUAUGUUGUGUUGCUCCAGAAAGUUAGAGAGAGAAAUAAAAGGGAUUUCUUUACAGUGAGAGAAAGCUUGCUGCAGCUUUGAACACAAUUGCACAAGUACUAAAGAUUCUAUUCUUAUUUUUUAUUUUUAAUCUUCUGUUUUUGGUAUUGAGAGAGGUGGAGAUCCAGUGCUUUUUUGAAUCUGGGAAGGCUUCUUUGUAUGAUAUAGUUUGGAUUUGGAGGGAGAAUAUAAUGGGGAAAGCUGUGAGGUGGUUGAAGGGGUUGCUGGGGAUAAAGAAAGAUAAGGAAUUUCCGGACAAGAAGGUGAAUAAGCGGUGGAGCUUUGGACGGCUGAGCGGCGAUUCACGGGAGGCGGGGUGUCAGGUUCCGGGGGAUAUGACGCCGGUGGUGGUUGGUUCGCCUUGGCGGGUGAGAUCUUACCUGUCUGACUCCGAGAAGGAGCAGAACAAGCACGCAAUUGCUGUGGCUGCCGCCACCGCGGCCGCGGCUGACGCCGCCAUGGCGGCGGCGCAGGCUGCGGCGGCGGUGGUGAAACUUACCAGCCAAGGCAAAGGUGGAGGAGUGGCGUAUGGGAGGAGGGAGAAAUGGGCUGCUGUCAAAAUUCAAACUUUCUUCAGGGGCUAUUUGGCAAGAAAAGCUUUAAGAGCUCUGAAAGGAAUAGUAAAACUGCAGGCUCUAGUGAGGGGUUAUCUUGUUCGGAAAAGAGCCGCCGCUACUCUAUAUAGUAUGCAAGCUCUGAUCAGAGCUCAGGCGGCCGUCCGAUCACAAAGAGUUCGUCCUUCAUUGAGCAAUGACCCCAGAUUUGCGGCCGACAUUCGAGCCAGAAAGUCCAUUGAGAGGUUUGAGCCCGAAAGCCCGAGAACAGUGGAAAUCGAUACAUACAAUCUGAAAUCAAGAUCCGGGUGGAGGAUCAGCGCCGGAAUGUCGGAUUCCGGCGACGAUCCGAUGAACUCUCCACUUCUAAUUUCAACCCCUCCGCCGUGUCGGAUUCCGGGCAGGCUGUCGAUCCCGGAGCGGCGCCAUUUGUGCGAUUAUUACGACUGGAGCUAUCUGGGCGACGACGGAAAGUUCCCGACGGCGCAUAACACGCCGCGAGCGAGGGGCUCCGGGCGGUUCAAUGCGCCACCGACGCCGGCGAAGAGCGUCUCCGGGGAUAGCCUUUUCCGGCAGCAUUCAAACUGCCCGAGUUACAUGGCGAAUACCCAGUCGUUUAACGCGAAGCUGAGGUCUCAGAGCGCGCCGAAGCUGAGGCCGGAGACGGGGGAGAAGAAGAAGAAGAGGGUUUCGUUGACGGAAAUAAUGGCGGCGAGAAGUAGCUUCAGUGGUGUUGGGAUGCUCAAGUCUCGGUUUCAAGUUGAUCGGGAAUACGGUUUCUGAGGAUUGUACAGAGAAAUUAAAGUUGGUCUGAAAA